CGUAUCGAAUAGACGCGUUGUUUUUGUCUUUUUCGGUCAACAAAUAUUAUUUACGUUUCUUACUUCAUAAACGGUUCUUUUUCAAUAUUGACCAAAAACAUAAUUAAGAAAGAUUUUUAUUAUUUUGACAUAAAAGUGUGUUAGAAAAGUAAUUUAAUCAUGUUCAAGUUAAUUACCUUUCUUGCUGUGCUUUUAACCAUCAACGCACAAAGCGGCAAAUUACGUGUUCAUGUUUUCUACGAGUCGUUAUGUCCUGACAGCAUGAAUUUCGUUAGCCGACACUUGGUGCCCCAAAUUGAUGCCUUUAAUGACGUUAUUGAGGUUGUUUUGGUUCCGUUUGGCAAAUCAAAGCAUCUUGGAGGAGGUUCUUUCACCUGUCAACACGGAUCUGCUGAAUGCAAACUUAACCGUAUCAUGUCUUGCGCUCUUACCCAAAUCAAUGAUCAACAAGCUGCCGUUAAAUAUGUCGGUUGUCAAAUGGUUUGGGGAGCUGAUCGUUCAGGAAGACAAUGCGUUGACGAACACGGCUUAGACUGGGCUGCUGUUGAACAAUGCUAUGCCACAGAAGUUGGUGCUGAAUUGCAAAUUGGUGCUGAGAACGAACAAAAACGUAUCUUGCCAAAUGGUUAUCCAUCAUUUGUGCCAACGAUUGUCUAUAACGAGCAAUAUGACAAAGGAUUGCAAGACGCAUCAUUGAAGAACUUUGCUGGAGUUAUGUGCUCACUUUUGGGCCCAGGAGUUGGACCAUGCGUUUAAACAAAAGACAGAAUGACAAACUAUAAAAUAGACUCUAGUCUCAAGCAGGAGAGAUUUUAAACAGACUCACCCAUGUCUUUUUUUGUCGAUAUAUUCAGUGACCAUCUUUUUAACUAAAAUAAAAAAUUUUAAGAAAAAA